AUGUCAUAUACUUCCGUCACUGCUUUAGCUACAACUGGUGCCCUCCUUGUCGGUGGCUACCUAUUAUUCACUGGUAAUGGUGAAACCUUCAACUUUGGAGAAUUCCUUUCCACAACCUCACCAUACGCAUGGUCCGUUAUUGGCAUUGCCCUGUGUAUCGGUUUAAGUGUCAUUGGUGCUGCCUGGGGUAUUUUCAUUACUGGUUCAAGUAUUAUCGGUGCUGGUGUUAAGGCACCCCGCAUCACCACCAAGAACUUGAUUAGUAUUAUUUUUUGCGAAGUUGUUGCCAUUUACGGUUUGAUUAUGGCCAUUGUCUUUUCUUCUAAGCUCACAGUUGUUUCUGGCCAGUUAAUUUUCACAAAGGAGAAUGUGUACACUGGUUUUUCGCUAUUCUGGGCCGGUAUUACUGUUGGUGCUGCCAACCUUAUUUGCGGUGUCUGCGUCGGUGUUACUGGUGCUACUGCUGCCAUUUCCGAUGCUGCCGAUUCAUCUCUCUUUGUCAAGAUUUUGGUUAUUGAGAUUUUCGGCUCCGUUUUGGGUCUGUUUGGCCUUAUUGUCGGCUUGCUCAUGGCUGGCAAGGCUCCCGACUUCCACUGA